CUCACAAUGCUGCGUAAAUCCACAGGUCUGGUGUUUCACAGAAGCAUCAUUCCGUCCAUCUGAGCCAUUUGAGAGGUCUGCUUAAAACAUGCCAUACACAAACGAGCAGCAGUGAUCUGGAUCAGAGCCACAGCAAGGAUGAAUGCGUCCAAUGAGUUUUAUUACCAUGAGGGGGAGAUGAUGGGUAACUCCACCUGGGCCUACAGCGACUACCACCAAAACUACACCUUCACCCCUCCACUCCUGCCAGGCAAGAGUACCACGCCCAAACCUGCAGCAUGUGAGCAGCUCCACAUUGCUAUAGAGGUCUUUCUGAUUCUGGGCAUCAUUUCCCUGCUGGAGAACAUCCUGGUCAUCACAGCCAUAAUCAAGAACAAGAAUCUCCACUCGCCCAUGUACUUCUUCGUCUGCAGUUUGGCAGUAGCCGACAUGCUGGUGAGUGUGUCCAAUGCCUUUGAGACCAUCAUCAUUUACCUGCUUCACAACGGACAGCUGGUGGUGGAGGAACACUUCAUCCGGCAGAUGGACAACGUGUUUGACUCCAUGAUCUGCAUCUCCGUUGUCGCGUCCAUGUGCAGCCUCCUGGCCAUCGCUGUGGACAGGUACGUCACCAUCUUCUAUGCACUGAGGUACCACAACAUCAUGACAGUGAAGAGAGCCGGCUUCAUCAUUGGGGGAAUCUGGACCUUCUGCACGGGCUGCGGCAUCAUGUUCAUCAUUUACUCAGACUCCACCCCCGUCAUCAUCUGCUUGGUCUCCAUGUUCUUUGCCAUGCUGCUCAUCAUGGCCUCGCUCUACAGCCACAUGUUCAUGCUGGCCCGCUCGCACGUCAAGCGCAUCGCCGCCCUGCCCGGCUACAACUCUAUCCACCAGAGGGCCAGCAUGAAGGGGGCCAUCACACUCACCAUCCUGUUGGGGAUCUUCAUUGUCUGCUGGGCACCCUUCUUCCUCCACCUGAUCCUGAUGAUCUCCUGCCCGCGGAACCUCUACUGCGUGUGCUUCAUGUCCCACUUCAACAUGUACCUCAUCCUCAUCAUGUGCAACUCCGUGAUCGACCCGCUCAUCUACGCCUUCAGGAGUCAGGAGAUGAGGAAGACUUUCAAAGAGAUCAUCUGCUGUUGCAGCCUGAGAAACGCAUGCAACAGCAUCUGCUCUCUGACGGUCUCCACAUCUCAACCCACUUGAACAUCUAUGGAAGGUUUUGGAUUGGCUCUCUCCACCACCAC